CAAGAAGACAAAUACCAGAAGGCAUUGCAAGGAGCGAAGGAGAGUGAGUUUUCUCCAAAGAAUGAUGGUAUAGAUGGAGCCGAACCACAAAUAGACUGGAACCGCAGGUCGACAAAUGAAGAGAUGGCCAGAAGAAGUCUAAGUCCCCAGUUGUUAACAAUUGAGAAAGCAAACAAUGGAAAGUGUUGCAAAACCAGCAGGGGCUCUCAAAGGCAGGAUACUUUCCCCAAGAAGAGAAGUCAGCAGAGGCAGAGAACAUCCCAUGCCAGGGACAGAGAAGAUGACGAAUACGAUCAGCCUCCUGUAGCCGUAUGUGAUUCACCAGUGGAUGAAAACCUGCUUCACGAGGUGGUUGAGAAUCAGGGCAGGUGGACCAGAGACAGGUGGAAGCAAACUCACAAAGCCAGACAAAAGUGCAAGCAGCAAGAGCUGUUGAAGAUUCUUUCUCUGACGGUCUUGGUUUCUGACUAUGCUCGUCUCUGUCCCAUGAACUGCAAGUUCUGUCUUACAGGCCUGGCGGACUGUACACAUGUUUCCUCUUUGACAACUGUUUUGGCAGGUAUCCCCACCUCUAUCGAUAAGAUACUACUACGGGGCGGACCUCUGACCCACUUUCCAGCUGAAGCUUUCAGAAACUUUUCUCAGCUCAAGGUUUUGUCCAUCAAUAACUUUCCUCUUUCUUCCCUGCCGGAACACUCAUUCGCCCUGGCCGAGCCGAACAGCUUGACAGAGCUGGACCUCAGCAGCAACCUCAUCCGCGGCUGUGGAGUUGAAGGUGCUGCCUUUGCUGGCCUUCACAACCUCACUGCGCUGACCUUGUCUGGCAACUUUCUAGGUAGUCUGAGAACGCCGUGGUUUCAGCCCUUGGCAAAUCUUGAAAUUCUUAAACUGGAUAACAACGGCAUUACCUAUCUUCAACCAAGAAUUUUUGAGAACUUGCUUCACCUCAAAAAACUGAAUUUAAGCACCAAUCGAAUGACCUACGUUUCCACAGAUACGUUUUUCGGUUUGAGAUAUUUGAUGGAACUGGACUUGUCCAGUAAUCAGCUGAUGUUCGUCAGCGGCGAUUCCUUCAGACCCCUCACCCAAGUGAAGGAGAUUGUUUUGUUUCGUAACAACUUAACAUCUCUUCCCUCCAUUCCAAAAUCCACAACAACUUUGCAUCUCCACACCAACCCAUGGCUGUGCAGCUGUGUGCUGGUAAGCACCAUAACUGCUUUGAAAGUCAAGGUCAUGGAUCCCACCAGAGUUACCUGUGCCAGUCCAGCUGAGAUUGAAAGACAUCCAGUUCUUGAAGUCUACCACGUUGUCUGCAAUACAAAUUCAUCUGAAGAUAAAUACCCACAUGACUGCACAGCAAUACUGGACUGCUGCCAGUACUGGGUUUAUGGAUUGAUGGGAGGGUUCAUUCUGUUACUGUUUGUAUUUCUGCUGGUCUGUCUGAUGCAUAAGCACUGCAGACAAGAUCGCCUCACUGGCCCGGUGUCUGGGAGGAAGGACUGGGACACUGUUGAUUGUGAAAGGGGUUUUGGAGACACAGAUAACAGGCUGUCCAGUGGUGCAGAUCGUCCCCAUUCUCCUCCACACUGCACUUUCCAAGGGAACCAUGCCUUGACGUCUACAAGAAGAGGAAAGGAGGGAAGAAUCACUCAAAAGAUUGAUCAGAUCCGUUUAUGCAGGACAGCUCCUGACUUGACCUGUCUGCCUAUGGCCAGCAAACUGGGUCAAGUGAAAAAAAAUGUAGAAAGAACAGACCAUUUUGAAUCAGAUGACGCAGAGUAUUUCAGAAAGGAGGGUGUGGUCCACUGUGAGGAACACAACAUCUAUGUUCAAAAUCCCAGCCUGCAUGACAUCGACAAUGCCCAAGCCCAAAUUGGAACUCAAGUUACAGCUGGGAUUUGCAGUGUGGAAGAUAGGCGCUGGCUGAAAAGAGCUUUAAGUAAAAAAAGCAAAUCCUGCCACAAUUUGAAUUUCAAUAUGAGGGAUUUGUCUCUUGAGGGGGAAGAAAGAAUGUGGACAGGUGAUCUUGACCUAAACAAAGCUGCAAAACCUACGAAUGAAUCAUUGGCCAAAGUUCACGAAGCAAGUUACCAAUUCAAAAUGGAGGAUCAUUCUAAAACAGAGGACCAGGGCUUGCAAAUUUUGGAAGACUUCCCAAGUUGUUUGGUUUCCACUAAGAGGUUCUUCUUCAAGGCUGAUAACGCCCCACACUGUGGUGAUGUGGGAUGGGAUACUGAUGAGCUUGAAGGCAGUUUGGGGCCUCCAAACUUUCAACCGUGUGCUGCCGAAAAUGUAAAAGAUGAGGGACCUGACAAAAAAGACGAGAGGGAUGAGGCCAAUGAGUGCAGCAAGUGGCCAGGGGUCGAGGGUCAUUUGUACAGAAAGGCUCAUGGGAAAAAUUGUUUCAAGAGCCCUGCAGUUUCCGAUGCUAAACGUAAACAAGGCCAUGCUGUGUUGCAGCGGAAGAAGACAAAGCAGGAGAAAAAGAAAGUGGUCUUCUGGACAGGUGAGCUUCUGACCCGAGAGAGGUUCUGGAAGUAUCACCAGAACUGCUGUGAUGAGUACAAGCCCUGUCCAGCGGCCAGGACUAUUCUGAAACAGCUCCUAGCGGCGCCCCCACGCGUGGUCACUGGCAAGGCCUCAAUCGAAAGGCCUCCAGGUGACAGCGACCUCCUGCGAAACAACAAAAUGCUCUCAGUCAAUCUCUUACUCAGGCUCCAGGAGAGAGAGGAGAGGAAACGGAACAGGAAGAGUGCUUUGAAAUAGAUUCAAUCCAGUCUGAGCAAAAAAAAAAAUGUCAUCAGAAUGAAUGUAUUUCAAUUUUACAAUUUAACCUACUGUACAUCCAUAUUCUAAAUCAUUUUAUUCAUUUGAUUACUAUUAAACAUUCUUAAGUGAAAAUGUGAAUUAAUGAAAAACAAUUACAGGCAUGCUAGUUGGAAGCAAAAUUGACCUUGGAAUUUACAUGUUGUCUGCUGUUCUUUGCUUCGUCAAGAGAGUAUUUUGUCCAGGGCAUCAUUUUAAAUAUCUUAUUUUUAAUGGUGUGACAAUAGAAGUGACAUGAACAAUUACCAAAUUGUUUAUGCUGGGGCAGGUCAGUGGUCAUGGUGUACAAAGGUAAAAUAAGAUCUAAGAUGUCAGUAAAAAAAAUAGAUUUUAGAUUUUAACUAUUAAAUAUUAGUCAAUUCUUUACAUAUCACUUUAUACUAUUUUCUGCCGUUGAUUUUUUCCAUCAAUGACACACACACACACAGUACAGUUUCUGUUUGUAGUACUAAGACUGGCAUGUGUGCACCUGACAAGCUGACAACUCCACAAUACUCCACAGUAUUGUUGCUAUACAAUACUUUUUAAUUCUGUAAAGUGCUCUGUGCCCAACAGUUGUGAAUUGCCAUAUAGCAAAUAAAACACUGAUUGGGAGCCCAUGACCCUGGAGGAAGAGUCUUAUCCAUUCUAAGCCCAGAGCUGAAUGGUGUAUAUUCUGGCAUUUUAUUUUAAAGCACCUAAAUUAGUUCAGCUGAAUUGUGCUUUCUUCCCCCGCAGCAUGAUUACAUCUUAAAUGACAGGAAGUCAAUAAUACAGGAAGGAACUCCUACCAGUGCUUCAAGCCAUGUGCUCAUAAGAGCAGAAAGCUCUAAUUCCUUAAAAAUUACUUUUAGUAACACAGUCGCAGUUAUGUUUAUUUUGUUGCUCACUGGAUUUUAUAGAUGUUCUUUGUGAUUAAGGAUUAAGUGUAAAAUAGUCUCUACAGUCUCUACUUUAAAGACUGUCAAGAUAAAAUAAGAUUUGAUUAGGGAAUAAAUAAUUGAUGUUUGCUGUAAACAUUCCUGUAAGAAUGUGCAACACUGCUUUGGGUGUUGUUCAGUUUUAACAAUUUUGCUUUGUGCCCUGAAAUUCGACUAGGAAAAAAAAGUGCUGAGGCUCAGCCUUCUGCUUCAAGUUCUGACAUGGGAAUCCGCAGCUGAAUAGAAUCUUUCCUUGUAAAUUCUUCAGGCUAAAAUAUAUUAAAGCUUGGCUAGACUAUUUCAGCAGCACACUGUAAACAAUGCACAUUUGUAAAAAUUAAACAUGCCAAACACCAGGUUAAACUGGUAUGUUGCAUAAAUGAAAUUAUGUAAAUAACAUGAAAUAUAUUAACAUUUGACUUCUGAUACUUGUCCAAUAAAACAGUGAGAACUGA